UGUUGGGGAUAACCUAUUUGCUCCGAAAAUGACACAAAUGCGACUUUUGCCCCUGGUUGCAUUCAAUUAAGCUUUGUGAAGUGCCCAGAGGCCAGUUUUACCAACAGAAAAAGCUCAGUUGGGGAAACUACGAGGCGAAGAUCCAAAAAUGGAUUGGGCAAUAAAUAUACUUCUGAUGACCAUAUAUGGGACGACGGUGAAAACAGGGCGCCUGGGGCGAUUUGAUCAAGGUUCGUGAAAUUUACAUGUGAUGUUUAGCACGUAGAAGACCCGCGGAGUGGGAGAAGCUCCAAAUGUCACGUGACUAAUAUGCCCUCCGGCGCCCUGUUUUCACCGGCGUCCCAUAUAUGGGCAUAAAUGCAGCCCUCACUACUACGGGUGAAAAACGAUAUAACCUGCAGGUACUUGCAGCAUCGCGUCCACUUAUCGGGGAGAAAAGGCUUCCAUUUUCCACUAGGGAUUAACGCGAUUCGAUUAAAUUCGACGAAUUCAAUCGGAAAUGGCGUUAGAAAACAGCUUUUCUGCAGGUUCUGGGCUUCACGAUCAGCUGGCCAUUCCAUAAAUGGAUUGGUAUUUUGAAAGAAAAUAAUAGCUCUGUUCACACCCCGUUUAUUUAUCAGCAGGCUGUGACCAUGCUGCUACUUCUUGGCUCCUCAUUGGUCGAAUUCAAGUGGUCUAUUCGUUAGACCAAUGAGAGGCCAAGCCGCGCCAGCAAUAACUUCCUUAUAUGAGGAAAACUGACAGCACACUGAUAUAAAAACAGGGACCGAACAGGGCCAAUUAAACGAUUUAUUUUUAUUACAAUAAAGAAAGAUAUUUGAUAUUAAAAUGAUAAUUUAACCACAAUAGUAAAAACCAUAUGUUCGUUCCUUCGUUCCAGUUCCUUCCCAAUCCUCGCCCUGGUUGGACGUGCGCCAGAUUAGCUCCUCACCUCACAGCCAAGGUCACAGCAAGAGCCGGUGUGUUUUCAAAAAGAAGAACAUUGCUUAGAAUAAGAAACAAAAGAAAACAGACAAAAAAUUAAAAAAAAAUUACAAAAAGAAAAAGGUGAUCAAAAUUAUUUUAAAAGCACUUGUAGAGAUUUUCAAUGCCGCCAAAAUGGGCCGGGACAAAUAUGGUGCAGGCAACUGUGGAACAUGAAGAAGGUGAUAGUGAAAUCAGCAAGGCAAGCGAGGGUGAAGAGAUAGGUGGAUAGGAAAAGAAGGGUUGGAGUCCAGCGAGGAAGUCGAGAAAAACAAGGUACACGUGCAAAGGAGGACAAAAGAUAGUUUUCUGAAGGAUGCCGGCUCCGGUGCUGCUGCUGCUGCUGCUUCUGGCGACAACUCUUGCCGACCAGGACAUGGACAAGGCCGUCUUCAAGGCGCGCGUAGAGAGCUGCGGCGGAUGACGGCUGAACCGGCUUCCGGAGGUGAAAAAAUUCAUCUACGAAGACAUUCCCAUGUUCCAUAACGUUAUCUUCAAGGCAGUGCCCGGCGCGGCGCCCGAGGCCGUUCUGCUGAACAAACUCGACCAGGUGGUGGAGCGUAUCCCUCUGGAAAAACUCAGCCGAAAGGCCUGCAACGCGCUGCUCACCGAGCGCGGCUUCUUCCGGCGGCAGAAGCACGACGAGCCGGUGCCGGAGCGCUACCAGCACGGCCCGUACGGGGCCGCCAGCCACCAGGAGCUGUAGGCGGCGGCGGCGGCGGCGGCGGCGGCGGCGGCGGCGCUGGCAGCGCCCGAUGACGCGCCGCUCCGAAGGGCCUCCGGGCUUGGGGCGGCGCCGAUGUAGCGUGGCCAGCGCCCCCUCCAGGCCUGCAACCGCAUGCCUCACCGCACCAAUUUGAGUUUAACGAAAUUGGAGGGCUGAGGUCAUAUUUUCUUCAUAAUGAUUAUCUGUUGGUGAGUCGAUGUAUUUGGUAUCAAAUUUGGUGACAGGAUCACGAUAUUUUGGAUUUGUAGUUCUGGAAGUACACAUUUUUACAGCGCAUUCAGGCGCCAGUGCACCCGUUCCAUUAAUAUAGCUCUUUUUUCCAAA